GCACAGAGACCUAAACAACACUUCUCAUUCCCUGGAGCUACAGCCAGGAGGCUUGCAGUCUCGUUGCUUCACGUUUCCCGGCAGGCACCAGACUGUGCCAGACAGGACUCGUGGUCUGACUGUUGCCCUGUCCAUACCAUAUCAAAAAACGCAGCUUUGUGCUAAGAGGUUACUUUUUUGUUGUUGUUUUUUUCUGGAAUAAGACUCUUGAUUUUUCCAACACUGAUGGCCUUAAACAAGAUGGAGGGUUUCCAAUUUGAUGGAAUCAAACGCAUAAGUGUUGACUACGUGCAGGGAAUUCUUCAACCCACACCCACCUGUGAGACCUGGGAUCAGAUCUGGAACUUUCAAGCCAAACCUGAUGACCUGCUUAUUUCUACCUACCCUAAAGCAGGGACAACAUGGACUCAGGAGAUAGUGGACUUAAUACAAAAUGGAGGUGAUGUUAAGAACAGUAAACGAGCACCGACUCAUAUACGAUUUCCUUUCAUCGAAUGGAUAUUCCCGUCCUUAGGAUCUGGUUUGGAACAAGCUAAUGAAAUGCCCUCACCACGGAUCCUGAAAACACAUCUUCCUAUCCACUUGGUACCACCAUCCUUCCUAGAGAAAAACUGUAAGAUGAUCUAUGUAGCAAGAAAUCCCAAGGACAAUAUGGUGUCCUAUUAUCAUUUCCAAAGAAUGAAUAAAGCUCUUCCUGACCCAGGAACAUGGGAAGAGUAUUUUGAGACUUUUCUGGCUGGGAAAGUGUGUUGGGGCUCUUGGUAUGACCACGUGAAAGGAUGGUGGGAAGCCAAAGACCAACACCACAUUCUCUACAUCUUCUAUGAGGAAAUGAAGAAGAACCCAAAGCGUGAAAUUCAGAAGCUGGCAGAAUUUAUGGGAAAGACACUAGAUGAUAAAUUUCUAGAACAAAUUGUCCAUCACACUUCAUUUGAUGUUAUGAAGCAGAAUCCGAUGGCAAACUAUUCCUCAAUUCCUACUGAAGUCAUGAACCACUCCGUUUCUCCAUUCAUGAGAAAAGGGACCGUGGGAGACUGGAAGAAACACUUCACUGUGGCUCAGAACGAGAGAUUUGAUGAAGACUACAAGAAGAAAAUGGCUGAUACCAGCCUAACUUUCCACUUCCAACUCUAGGAAAGAAGAAAAAAAACUAAAAAUUUCUUAGUUAUUACCAAGUAUAUUGGGUAAAUAGUAACCGUUUAAGACUCAGACCAACUGAUAUUGAAUUCAGGUUCUCAGACUAGUUGUGGAUUAUGUUUGCUGUCAUUCACUCUACUAAAAAAAUAAAAUAAAAAGACAAGUGAUGGAGCCAGUCUAGGUUAGGGGCAAGGAGGAAAGUGGGAACAGGGUGACAAUGUGGAGGCAGGGAAACUCAGUAAAUUACCAACUACGAUCCAGCUUAUCACUACAUGUAAGUUUUCUACAAUCAUGUGUUAACAUAUUUUAAAUGCUUCAGUCCUCAUACGAGUAUACAGUCACAUUUUCAGACUAAGUUCUGGUUCAAGUUACUUUUAAAUGUAUCACUAAAAUGUGUAAUAUAAACAGGGACGAUUUCUUCCAGCAAUUUCUUGGUAGCCAACUAUCACAUGCCUCAGUUUCCUCUUGGAACCUUCUAGUUCACUUCAGGGCUCUCAUCUGUCCCCGUCUCCCACCAGCCUACAUAUUACAUUGAACUCACUCUCCCACCCCCAGCUAAUGUUACAGUCCACUCUGGAGUCAUUUCUUGGCUCACUUUUCCCAGUGCCUCCAGAAUCACAUCCCAAUUCAUCAGCAACAUCUGCCAGCUUUAACCUCUGAAGUCUCUUACAGGAUUUUCAUCUAACCAUCAUUGUUUUCCUUCUAUUUCUGUGGCCAUCCUCCUGGUUCAGAAACCUCAUACCGCUUGCCUAGAUUAGUUUAAUAGCUUUCUAACUCAUUUCUCUGUUUUUCACACAUUUAGGAAAGUAAUUUUUUAAAACAAGAUACCAAUUGUUUUGCUUUUUAGCUCAAAGCCCGUUAGUGAUUGCAUUUUCAUUAUGUGAAAGAUAAAUCCAAAGAUUUUACCCAUGAAUUCAAAGACAGCUAUAACCGUGCAACUCCAAUCUUCCUUUCCAAUUUGAUGUUGCCUUCUACCCUACCUCCAUAUUCCAACAAAUUAGCUUACUCACUGGGCCUUGAUCAUAUCUCCCAGGUUCCUACCCUCCUGUUUUAUUUCCACCGUGUUUCCACCUGAAAUUUCCCUUGCUGUCUUUCUACCUAUCCAACAUGUCUAACACACAUCAAUAACCAGCUUCAUUAGUCUUGCCAUCUAAAAAGUGUGCUUACUUCUCUGAAGUCCUCUACACUUGGUGUAAUUCUUUUGUAAUUAAAAUUAAAGUGUAUUAUGGAAUUCUCCUGUA